AUGGUGCCCUGCACUGCCCAUCACUUAGACCGCAUUGGAGUCAUCCAUUAUACCCCGGAGGACGGUGAUGACACGGAGCCCGAUUAUACUCCACCUGAGCACCCGUCAGAGCUUCUUAGUUUCGAGUACAAGCCUGAUGAGGAUGAGGAGGACACUACCACCUCAGUAGAGACCUCACCACCCUGCCCCACUCCUUCCCAUUGGUAUUACAUGACACCCAUAGGUACUCGGGUGAAGCAUACCCUAAGGAAGGCUGCUGCUACCUCCUCAUGGAAGAGAGUGGCGUCCCCACCAGCAUCACCAAUGCCAACAAAGAAAUCCUAUGAAGACACCAUUUGGAUGCCCUAG